AUGGAUGUGUGUCGCUCCCUUCCUUUAUCUGUUCUUGCCGUGUUGUUCAUGUUCAUGUUCACCGGUGAGUUCGAAAGCAAGAUCCACCCCCAUCCGCUUCCAUCCACUACUUCCUGGAUCAGCUCGAGUCCCUCUCCGGUUCGGUUGUUGUCGUCCCUCAUCCUCUCGAUGGCGUUCGAUCGUCUGCCUCAGCUGCGGCCACUCGCCACCACCGCAAUCCAUCCUCUAGCUAGCAGCCUUGGACAAAUCGACAUCUGCUCUUCUUCGCCAUCACCGUCGCCGGUGAAGCCAAGCUACAUCGACGAGAGGAGCCGAAGGAUGGUUCCGCGAGCGCCCCGGCGGUGGUCGGGCAGCGUCCGGCCGAGCGGUGCUGGACCACGCCCCUGCUUGCCUGGGUCGGGCCUUUGCCCGGCGGUCGCGGCUUUCUGCGAUGGAGGUGGACGCGUCGCGCAUAUCCGCUUGGCUUCGGCUUCGGGCUUCAGGUCUCGGGUGUGGCCUAUGCGGCUGUCCGUCCCCGGAUGCCCGCGCUCGGAGGCGGUCGGAGGUGUGGUGCUUGCAGCGGUUGGCGGCACGAGGUGCUGGGCACACUCGGCGGCGCAGGGUGGGUGUGCGGCUCCGGCAGCGUCUCCCUCAGGCUCAACGACUACGGCCGACAACGACGGCGACGAAGCCGUUGAUGCCCUCGUGUUCGCCGACGAUGCGCUCGGUCUCUGCAGUGGGUCCCUCCUCCAGCGCUGUGGGUCCCACGGCUGCAAUGUGGAGCGCAUGCAAGCAACCUCCUGGGGACACGUAUCUGGAGACCCGGCUAUGUUCGUGGACUCCUCCCAGCCUCUCCUCUGUGGGGACCACCAAUGCCAUAUGCAAGACUAA